UCUCUAUCUAGUUGUCGUUGCUGAUCAAUUCAUUGCGUAUCUGUAUUGAUUUGUCCAGUCAUGAGGUAAGUGUUCUCUUCGUUUACGCAUCGCAUCAUCACUUAAUAUUCCCUCCAGCAUCCACAUCCAGCAUUAUUACCUAUUACUUCCAAAAGUUUGCUUUCUUAUUCCGACAUCAUGGCAUGAGGCCUCUGUCACCGCGGGCUGGUAACCAUGGACGGCGAUUCGUCUUUCCUGUUUCCAGUCUGGGAACAAUAGCUGCUCUUUGACGUCGGCGAAGUGAGAAAAACACUUCGAAGCGUCGUUCUCGGGAAGAACAACCACAGAAAAAACGCACACCAUGUCGAGUGCCUGGCAGCGUUUGGACGAUCUCUGGUAUCGGCGGCAUGAGGUUUCCGGGAUGAAAUGGCCGGAGGACAACGAGCGACUGUGGACCCACGUGGUUUGCGGCGCCAGGUGCGGGGGGCCGAUCGCCCUGGUUCGCGACGAGAACGUGUUUCAGCAACUCCCGACCUCUAGUCCCUUAAUCCCGAAGUUGCAAACGACGACGGCGCUGGGGACGCCCCUGGCGAGCAUUGACUGGACGUUCAAGGGGCUACUCGGGCUCUACUGGACCCCCGAGGAACUUCUGGUAGCCGUUUUUCAAACCGGCCAGGUCCGAUUGUUCGAUGCGUUCGCGACGCAAAAAUCACAGUGGACGCUAGACCUCGGCGCCGGAACUGCGGGCGGCAAUGCGGAAAUCCGGCUCUCCCUGGUCACCUUCUGGCCGGGCGGCAUCGUCGCGUGGGGCAGCACCACAAAACGGGCGUACGUCAACCUGGGCUUCGAGCGUCGCUCGCCCUGGAAGCUGGCGGACGCGGUAGACUCCUAUCCCUCGCUCUUGCAGCAGUCCGACUUCGCGGCGGUGACAAUUUCCGUGUUGCCGGAGGCCGCGACAGCAAGUUCCGCAGCCGCAAAUACAACCGGAGCGGCAAACGAAUCAGGACACCUAAGUGCUGGUGGGCACCAAAACAAUAAAGACAAUUCGUUGUCAAUUAGCAUGGAGGUGGAGCAGGAGGAUGGGAGCAACAUGCGGAACAACAUGCUUCAGCUUCCCGGGGGAAACGCGAAUAACCCUUCGAGCGUGUUCGCGUUGUUGAACGGUGGGAAGAGUGACAUCCGCGUUCUGGUGUCCACCGAGCGGCAUGGGGUCUUCGUUUGCGCGCCAAACAAGUGUUUUCAAUUGAACGACGAGUUUUUGUCGAACCCAGCCGGAUCUUUGUCGAAUCCACCGCAGCCGAAUCAGCAGGUGAUAACGAACCAGGAUCCCGUGACGCAUUUUGCCGUAUCGCCGUCCGGCUUUUUUCUGGCGUUGCUCAGCGAAAAGGGAAAUUUCAAGGUAUUCGACAACCAGCUUGUACUGUUAGACGUCGCUCACCUCGAAAGCAGGAAGAAACCGCGGCAGAUGGUGUGGGUGGGCGAGGAUUGUGUGGCUUUGUACAUGGCGUCCAGUACGAAGCAGCACGCGCUGUUUGUCGGCGGCCCACGGAACGACUGGAUCCCCUACCAGUACGAUCACCCCUUGUUUCUCGUUUCCGAAACCGAUGGCGCCAGGAUCAUAGGACAGAAGUGCGAGAUCCUGCAGCGCAUCCCCCCGGCGGUCGAAUCGAUUUACAGGUAUUGAAGAAGGGUACGGUAAUUACAUUUUUCUGCUGAACAAGGUAGGGUGACUGUGUUUCAUGGGCAUACUGCUGCUUUGAUUGAAAAUUUUCUCAUAAUCGAUACAUACGAUUUUCAGCAUCGGCUCCUGCGAACCCCCAGCAAUGCUGUGCUACGCACUAGAGCGUUUCAUCGAGGGAGACGUGCGCGCCGAAGAGUCGCUACGUGCCAUCAAUGACGAUCUUGGGGAUGCAAUAAACCAGACCAUGGAUGCAGCAAUGUAUCCAUCGUUUUUAGAUUUUUUCGUUUAAUACUUGGAACUACGCCGAGUAAACGUUUUAGCUUACGUUCCAGAACUGCACAACUCUGGAAGUACAUGAACCUACUAACUUUAACUGCUCGCGAGAGCGGAAAAGGCUUCGAGCUAUCUUGGAAUACUUUUUCCUGUUCAACAGGUGCGAGUUCGAGGAGAAAAAUAUUUCUUCGCUCCUGCAGGCCUCGGUUUUUGGUCGAACCUUUCUUUCCAGUGCGAAGAAGGGUGGUGCGGCAACGGCUGAACAAGCCUCAAAGCGGUUCGUGGAGGCGUGCAAGUGGAUCCGCAUCGCCACUGCGCUGAGAAACAGCUACGACAUUCCAGUCACCUGCGCACAGCUCCAGCAGGUGGGUCUGACCACCAUGAUUCUUCGCCUCGCGGCGCGUCGAGAACACUUGAUCGCGAAACGGAUUGCGGACUGGGUUGGGUUGCCUCUGACCGAGAAGAUUCUCGUGAUGUGGGCGCGCGACAAGAUCCAUCACUCGCCCUCGAUGACCGAUGCGGAACUGUGCGACGUCAUUCGGAAAAAAUUUUCCCGCCACGGCACCGGGGCAAUGCCCGCACCGCAGCAGCGGGGACCUGCUGUUGGGGGGCCGAAUGUGGUCAGGUACAAGUACUUUGGGCGCCCCCAGAAUCAGCGAUUAGAGGAGCUCCCCGUUUUGGAGACAACUUCUGGUGACGUAUUGAGAGGAAAAAUCCCCCCUCACCAUAUUGAAAAGGCAUGUUUCCGAAAAUUUGCGUUGCUGAUUUGAGGUCACAAAUCACAUUUGUUUUGCAAGAAGGCAAGGGCAGAAGCUUCCGCCCCAUUAUGGAAGCGACUUGUCCUGCUGUUGGGCCUAAAGCGGAGCCGCUUGCCAUGCUGAACAACUAGACGCGUACGCCCCCACCUAGCCUGGGGACCUGACUGCAGUGCUUUCCUGCAAUACAAAGCUGCUUUGUGUACUCAAAUCCAGCAUCAGAAAUUUCGUCUUGAUAUGGGGAGGGGGGAUUUUUCCUUUUGAUAUGACGUGCCUUACGCGGAAGUCGCGGAAUAUGCCGCGGCGGCACACCGUCCGGCGCUCGCUACUAUGCUGCUCAAAAACGAACCACAGGCUGCACAGCAGGUAGAAAAAAUUCUUUGGCGGUUUGAACUAACCCUAUAUCCUCUACAUUUGAUAGACCCGCCUCUUCAGCGAACUUGAAGUGCGAAGCGAGUUGACUAAAAUGUGGCGGUGUACUAACAUCAAGAAUCAUGAAACAGAAACGAGAACGACUCCUCACAUCAGGUUGGUAUGCUCCUGAAGCUCGGCGAGCCCCUGCUCGCGUUCGAGCAGGCUGCGCAGCCCAAGGGCGACCCCGAGCUGCUCCGGGAAUGCCUCAACGCGAGCGACCUCUCUGGGGAGCUUCUCACCUCGAAUCUGCGGUCGCGGUGUCUCCACGUCCACACGUUGCAGAAACUCCACCGGUGGCCCGCACUGCUGGCGUUUUGCGAAGGCGGCUAUCCGCACAAGCGACUCAUGGCCGAGGCGCAAACACAGCUGGCGUAUGCGUCAACAACGAGCGGGAAGCACCAGCCUACUUUGCUGUCCGACCGCAUUGAGUUCCUGAACAAAGCGACAAAGUCCUUUGCUGAGAAGAGCAACGUCCCGCUGAAAAACAAAGAGAAGGAGCUGCUACCGCCCGACCCGUUUAGUGCAGCAGUGACGCAGGAGCAGGUCAGUUUGUUGAAAUUGCAGGAACAGCUUGAGACCAAGGCGCAGAACUGGCCGGGAGUCAGCACAAGCCUGUCGCCACCCUGCGCCAGCGUCUCGUCGGCUUUUGCCGCUACAGCAUCCACAAGUGGUAGCUCGUCCUCUUCGAGCGCAUCGCGCGGACAGCAGCACUCCAGCCGCCACAACUUUAUCGGACGCUCUCUCAUGCAGACGGUGCGAGUCUUGAUUCUCAUGGGUCAGACGGCAGAAGCGGAAAAGAUACGGAAGGAUUUCGCCAUACCUGAGAAAAGGUACUUCAUCUUCUAGAGAUAAAAGGCGCGACGUGCUCAUGGGUUCUUUCUUCCUUUUGCAUCUGGAUGUUUUAUGUUUGUUUUGCAAAAACUAAACAAAAUCAAAAUUCUUCGCAAAUAAACUACAGGUACUGGUACUUCAAAAUUGCUGCUCUCGCUGAGGCUCGAAAUGUGGAGGAGCUGGUGACCAUGGCCAAGAGCCGGUCGUCGCAGAGCUACGUGCCUCUGGUGGAGGCGCUCAUCACACUGAACCGCCCCGAUUUGGGCAAAGAGUUUGUUUCCCAGGUUAAAGACGACCAGCGCGCGGCACAGCUGCUGAUGAAGAUGGGAUUCCGGAAGGAGGCAGAAGAGCUUUUGCAGAAGUCCAACGCCGGCGGAAUUCUAAACUGGUUCAAAGGCCGUGGAGGAGGGGGAGACUUGUGAGUGUCUGACACUUUAAUUAUACCAGGGACAGCGCAUGGAGCUGGAGGCCGAUGCGUCGAAGAACUUGCGAGUUGGGAAGCUCGGGCGAGCCGCAUGUGGCGCGGCGCGGCAGCGGGGCGGCGGUCACAGGAAUCGAGAGCAGCGGACGGGGCGGUGGCAGACCAACAUGCUAGGCUGCUCAAUGGCCACAUUGAGGUCGAUUGAGAGCUCGAGCGUGUUGCUGUGCAACUCCUUAGCCACUUUCAUGUGCAGUAGAUGCAGCGGGUGCCUUUCGCGUGCACUUGAGGCCCACUUUAACUUUAUGGCUUUCGUGUAUGUAAAUGCAUUUGAUCGAAAUCUGUUUCUGUACCCCUACGACCGAGUAGCGACUACGACAUUGGAAUCAAUCAAU